UUUCUCUUUUUUUUUUCUCUGGAUAUAACGCGAUAUUUCCUCAGUGAUUUUUUUCCUGCGCAACAGCAAGAAACUUCUGUAUUUCUGGGAGUUCCUGAGCUAAUGAUCCUUAAAGAUGGAUUUAAAGAAUAAUUUCUGCAGAAUGAAGCAGAUUUCUGUCCUUCUGAAAGUCCUGUUCUUCCUCACCAUGAGUUUUCCUCAGGUUUCUGAAGACACACACUCGAUGCAGUUCCUCCACACUGCACUCACACCAGCAAUAAAUUUCCCAGAGUUCACUGCUGUUGGUCUGUUGGAUGGAGAGCAGUUUCUGUACUCCGACAGUAACAUCACAAAGAUGGAGUGGAUACAGAAGAUCAGCGCUGACGAUCCAGAUAACAGGAAAAAACAGACACAUAACAUGCAGAGUAAUCAGGAGAAACUCAAACAGCUCCUGGUUACAUUAAUGAAAGGACAGAACGCACCCCAGAGGAUGAACUGUAAGCCCUAUGGUUACGGCACCACUAGAGGACAUGAUCGGAUCGAUUAUGGUGAAGACGAUUUCGUCAGUGUGGAUCUGAACUCUGCAAGCGUGACUGAAACUAUAGAGGAUUUUCAGGCCAUUUACAGUCAACUGAAAAACAAUCAAGUGAAUGUGGAUGUGCUGAAGUGGGAUAUCAUCAUUGCUUCAGUUGCUGUUCUCAUCCUCAUUGUCUUUGUUUGUGGAUUUAUUAUUUGGAUGAAAAAGCAGAAGGAAACUUAUGCUCUAACUCCAGGCAGCCCCAAUGCCUCCUCUAAAUUAUAUAUACCGGACUUUUAGGUCUUUUAAGUCCAGCCAUGUUCCUGAAGAACUGAGAGAGAGAGAGGAGGAAAGAGAGAUGAAGAAGGGCCUCAUAGAUGAUUAACUGAAAAGACAGCACAAGCAUUUUUACUAGCUUUGAUUAAGGCUGUGGUCAGGACCACCACUGUCCAAGUUCACGUCCAGGACUAGCCGAGAUCAAGUAACACCUUUCCUUAGAAAACCAAAAGCCAACUGUGGAUUUUGAUCUUGACUCAGUUUUGUUUUCUUAGGUUUCAAUGAGGACAAAGUCACGAGGACAAAGUCAAGUUUGAAACCUAA